GGUGACGCGCAUGAGCUGAGAAAUAGAGGGGUCAACUAUCUCAGGGAUAGUGAAUCUCUGGAACUUGAACCGGACAAUGCUGUAGCGUUCAGAAUAAUGACGACGCUUAUGCCAUGCUUCAUCAGCAUGCUUUUGACGCUGAACCAACUCGAGCAAAUGACUUGA